AGAGUGCAUAAAAAGUGAUAUUUACACACCUGGAGAGAAUCAUAUAAAAAAUGGGGACUCUUGCUCACACGGUUUCGUCAACCUUCGUUCUCUCCUCUCUUUCUCUCUCUAAAUCUCUCUCUAAAUCUCUCUCUCUCGAUCGCCAUUGGAGGUCCUUCUUCCGAUCUUCAUACGUCUGUUCUUCAAUUCUUUAGUUCUUUAGCAAGAAAUUGUCGUAGAAGAAGAAGAAGAAGAGCAAAACCUGUAAGCUGUAACUAUCGUCGUCUUCUUCAUAGAACUCAUCAUCGGUUCAGCUUAUAUAUAUAUGUAUUUCAAUCUGCGUUGAUUUUAGUUAUUUUUGAGAGUGAACUUUGUAGGAUAUAUGUUAAUUGGUUUAUAUAUACGCAUAUCUUGUAUGGCGGUACUGUUGUGUUAGGUAAUUGAGUGAUUGAUAAUAACUAGGGUUUGGUUGAGGAGGGAAAUGAGGGAUGCUUUCGUGGCUAGAAAGGAUAGUUUCCGCAUGUUGGCGACCUGUAGGUCGAUAUGCUCGUAUGAACAAGGAUAAUGAUGAUGGUUCUUGCGGUGGUGGAAACGAUCAACUUGUUUGGUAUAGAGACCUUGAUAAGCAUUCCUGCGGUGAAUUUUCAUUUGCUGUAGUUCAGGCCAAUGUGGUUAUUGAGGAUCAUAGCCAGGUUGAAACUGGCCGUGACGGAACUUUCAUUGGUGUUUAUGAUGGACAUGGCGGCCCUGAAGCAUCUAGAUUCGUCUCUGAGCACCUCUUUCGUCAUCUAAACAAGCUAGCCAAAGAAAACGGAAGUAUAACGGAAGAGAUCCUGAGUGCUGCUUUUUCAGCUACUGAAGAUGGAUUUCUGACUCUAGUGAGGCGAAGUUUAGGAUUGAAACCAUUGAUUGCAGCAAUUGGAUCUUGUUGUCUAGUUGGAGUGAUCUGGAAUGGAACAUUAUACAUUGCAAAUGUAGGCGAUUCACGAGCUGUAAUCGGUUGUCUGAGUAAAUCGAAUAAAAUCGUUGCUGAACAAUUGACUAGUGAUCACAAUGCAUGUAUGGAGGAGGUUAGAGAUGAACUAAGGUCUUCACACCCUGAUGAUUCGCAUAUUGUUGUCAUGAAAAACGGGGCUUGGCGUAUCAAAGGAAUUAUUCAGGUUUCAAGGUCAAUUGGGGAUGCAUACUUGAAGCAGCCAGAAUUCUCUAUUGAUUCAUCGUUUCCGAGAUUCCAUCUAGCUGAACCGAUUCGUAGGCCAGUAUUAUCGGCGGAGCCUUCGUUGAGCUCGAGACCUUUACAACCCAAUGACAAAUUCGUUAUAUUUGCAUCUGAUGGACUUUGGGAACAUAUGACUAAUCAGGAGGCUGUUGAGAUUGUGUACAAAUACCCUAGAACUGGAAUUGCAAGAAGACUUUUAACAACAGCUUUGAAAGAAGCCGGAAGGAAAAGGGAAAUGAGAUACGACGAACUUAAAAAGAUGGAGAAAGGAGUAAGACGUCAUUAUCACGACGAUAUUACUGUCAUUGUCAUCUUUGUAGACCGUGAAAUGAAGACCGCGACGAGGGACAACAAUAUGUGUGUUCCUGAAUUAUCCAUUCGAGGUUUUAUCGACACUGUUGCCCCAUCUAAUUUCAACUUCACCCAAACAACUUGAUCAUCUUCUAAGAAUCUCUUAUUUGGACAUGUAAGGUAUUUUACCUAUUUGAAACUUACAAUAUCUUUGCAGAAUUAAAUAGAUAGACUUACAAAAUGGUUUCUUGCAUUCCAAUAUACUUGAAUUCAAAUACAAACCCCAAACACCAAACCAGGAUAUAAGAAUA